GCUCGGGUGGUGAGGGGCCGUUCAUGGCCGCCGCCCGCCGGGCAGCGCGCAGGGACGGAGCUCAGGGCCGGCGCUCGGCACGGCGGGACACAGCCCACACGGCGGGACAGACACCGCGGGGAGCUACCGGCACGGCGGGACACAGCCCGCGGGGAGGUACCGGGGCGGCCCUGAGGGCCCACGUCCGGCAGCGGAGGAGCCGGGCCUUUCUUUCUCGGGGCCGUUUCAGGCCAGCGCUGCCCGUGUGAGGCGCGUUCCUCCCUGCCAGGGCUCCCCUCAUCGAGGCUUUCCUCCGGGCUCUGGCGUUUGGGACGGUGAGCGCUGCUUAACCAUUGCUCAGGUGCACGUACAAACCUUGGGGUUUGGGGUUUCAAGCGCUUUCCUCUUCCCACCAAGGAGAAUUCACAGGAAAAGCAGCAGUGUGCUCGUCCUAAGGGGAGAAAAGAAACGCCUUGAAGCUUCCACCAAUAAUUCCUGCGAAUUAAGUGGAUGAGAUCCCUAAGUUGCGUCAGGAGUUGUGUCAUUUGAACAAAGUGAGGUGACAGAGCUGUUGUGCUCUUCUGCAGUUUAAUACAGAGAAUAUCACACAGCAUAGUCAGCAGUCGAAACAGAUGCCUGACAGGGAUAGCAUUGUAAUAACUAUUUGUUUUUGUUUUUUUCCUCACAAAAAAAAAAUUUGGUUUCUCAAUAAGCACAUCUUCGAAGAGUCCUGACUUAAAAUCCAUCUGCAAAUUUUGAAAAUUUCGACCAUCACUUGUAUAUUGCCCUAGUGUUUUUCAGCCAUACACAAAUCCCACUUUCCACAGCAGGAAUCAGUCAAAAAUGCAUGUUGGCACCUGAAGCAGGCUUGAUGCAGAGCCUGCAACAAACUUCUUUGAGUAAAGUUAUUUGGUAUUGCCUAAAUAGCUGUUAAAAUGUUAACUCAGUUGCAGUGAACUUUGAUCAUUAACAGUUACAGUUACCAUGGCUUGAAACACAAACUUUCUGCAGCUAAUAAAAAAAGAUUGUCAUUUAGAGCUGGUUCACUAGGAUGGUGAAGUUUGAUAGGUGGUCUUUUAAAAAAGAUUUAAAAAAUCAUUCAAAGUCAGUACUGAAGUAAAAAUCUGUAAAUAGGCAAAGGCAGUGGAACUUUUUUGUUCUAAAACUUAGCAGAGUCAGUGCUCAGCAGACACUGAAAAUAAGAAUUUUUUGAAAUUUCAUUGACAUCUACCCUUCUUAUGUUAUUAUUAUUCAGUGCAGAUCUGAAAAGCACAAAACUUUCAGGAGUUAACUUAGCCUACAGAAAUUUGAGUGAAGAGUUCAGAUGGCCUAGCAACUAGGUCUAGCCCUAAAAAUACAGGAUUUGGGUCUUGAUCUGAGAAAUCGGUGUAAAGUAUUAGAAUAUUUAAGUCUUUGUAUUUUCAGAUCACUUGCAAAAAGACAGAACUGAGUUUGCAUGGUUUUCAGAGUGAAACUUGCACAUUCUUUUCUGCAGACUGAAGCUUUAAAGCAUUUUAUGUAGUGCCUCUACAUUCAGGACUCUUUGUGCCUCUGUUUUUCUUACAUUAAUUUAAAUGUGAAAGUUGUAGCAUUCCUAACAAUAGGCUGAGAAAACUUGUUUAAAAAUGGUCCUUCACUUCGAAUCAGUUGUGUCUGGAAUCAGAUACAAAAUUACAUUUUCAGACAAGUUUACUGGCCUUCUCAGGUUAUUUAUAUCUGCAUCAGUUAAGUUGCUAGAAGAUAUCAUGUCCUAUGCAAGACCUUUCUGAGCAUACAGUUUAAUGUAUGGAAAUGUAGUUGCUUCAGGUAUAAACAUCUGCUUCAGAAAAACUGAAGUAUUGCACUCCAGAGCAUUUCUGUUGCAAAAAUGCUCCAACCAGUGGCUUUUCAGAUUAAUUCUAAAAAUCCUGUUGCCUUACUAUUCUCUUUUAAGCUCUUGCACUGCCAUGUUCAUAUUUCUAUACAUUGGCAAAGCUUACACAUUUCAUGUCAUUAGAUUGUGUAUGGUGCUGUUUGGUUUGAUUUUAUUGAAAGUAGAAUCCCAGACUCUUCAGCACUGGACAAGUGGUAGAUACUUUUAUUGAUUAAAAGGCUGUAUUACCCUGUUCAGUGGUUAGAACAAAUAAAUGCAUGUUGUAGUUUAACCCCAGCUGGCAGCAAAGCACCACACAGUCAUUCAUUCAUCCCCCUCACUGCAGGGAGUAUCAGAAAGAGAAAGGUGAGAAAGUUGGGGCUGAAACAGCUUAAUAAUGAAAAAAUGUUUUUUAAGAUAUUGUAAGGAAAAUUAAAAAGAGAAAAAAAAAAAAGAGCAGAAAGUAAAAGCCAAGAAAAAACCAAGCAGUGCAAGUGAAAACAAUCACUCAGCACCAACAGAUCAAUGCUCAGCCAUUCCCAGCAACCCCUCCCCACCAGCCUCCACUUCACUGCCCAGCAUGAGGCCCUGUGCUCUAGAAUAUCUUUUGGGUCCCAUGGGGUCAGCUGUCCUGGCUCCUUCCCUUCCCAACUUCUUGUGUACUCCAGCCCCAUGCUGGCAGGAUGAGAGGCAGAAAAGGCUGGGAUGCUGUGUGAGCCCUGCUGAAACAUCAGCAUCACUGUUUUGGUCACAAACCCAAAACACAGCCCCACAACAGCUACUGUGCAGAGUUUAACUCUAUCCCAGACACAACCAUACACUGCUUUUCCAGUUUUCUGGGGUUUGCCCUUGCAGAACAGGGUGUAGGUGAACAUAAACAUCCCAGUUAAGCUACAGUCAUUGUAAUUAAGGUUCUUGGAGGAUUUGAGAGGAAGUGAUUCCUUUCUUUUGGUAGAAGUUUGUUUUUUAUGUUGCAGUGGAAAGUAGAACAAGAUGGGCUCAGGCUCUGGUGUGUUAGGACCAGCACUGGGCUAGCAACAGACUUCAGCCAGGGUGUGAGACCAGUGUGCAGUGGCUCACUUGGCAUUUGGUAAUUUAAUUUGGCAUUAGUAUAUAACUUUAUGAUAACUGCCCAGCAGGGAGCUGCACACAAAGGCCAUAUGACCCCAAAACAGCACCCAUCUGGAACUGCCAGUCUUCCUGCAUACACCAGACUGGUUCUUGGAAAGGCUCAGGUUGAUCCAGGGUGUUGACCUGCACCUGAUGUACAUGGGAAAAAUGUGCAAAAGUGUGCUGCUGGAUGGGAAUUGCAGACUGACGUCAGCCAGCCUGUGCAGCCUGCCUUCUGCAGCUUUUUUUCCUCCUUAGAAACUCCUUGGAAGCAGGAUAGGUGAAUUGUUUAGCCAUCAGCAGUCCAUUGCCAUGGGCAGUUGGCUCUUGACUAGCAGGGAUUGUCCCAAGAGAGGUUCCCAGGAAAACCAAUGACCAGAGCAGACUGCUUUGUGAACAAUUCAUCCACCUCCUACCUUGCUCCCAGAUUGCUUUUGGGAAAGUAAUGCUACUAAAUAUUUGUAAUAGAUACUUGCUUUAGGAAAAAACAAAAAAAAAAAAGCCUCUGAAAGGAAUCAAAGAUGCAUGGUUUAUUCCAGAUUAAAUUUAGUAUCUUUUUUGUUUUACCUGGACUAGAAGGCUAUAAUUUAUUUACUUAAAUCCAGUAUGUCUUAUGGAUAAAAGUCUGCACUGCAAAUCUGAUUGAUUUUAAUGCUUUCUCUAGAGUGAUCUUUACAGAAACUCCUAAACACUUCAAAGAAUUCAUACUAGGCAAAAUAAAUGAAAUAAAUUGUUCUGAUAAAGUGAAAUGGAUCCUUGUUCAGUUGGAGUCCAGCUUCAAGCUACCAAUGAAUGCCACAAGACCUAUUAUACCCGGCACACUGGCUUCAAGACUAAACAAGAUGUAUCUUCAUCUGACCUCCUGCUGCUUCAGCUUAGGACUGGAAUAACCCUCUCAGAGAACAACACAAUCUGCUUCCACCAUGCAAAAAUUUACAUUGAAAGAUUUGAAGACUUACAAAAAUCCUGUUGUGAUCCCUUUAACAUACACAGGAAACUAUCAAAGAAAAACUUGCGAGCAAUUGACUUAGAUGAUGCAGCUUUUCUGAGUGCCAAGUUUGGAAGACAGUUUGUUCCUGGUUGGAAGCUUUGUCCCAAAUGUAUGCAGAUAAUAAAUGGAAGUGUGGAUGUGGAACCUGAGGAGCGACAAAGAAGAAAACUGGAUCCAGAUGGGCGUACAGCUAAGGCUUUAAAGUCUCUCCAGUUUGCUAACCCAGGACGACAGACAGAAUUCACUCCAGAGACCAGUAAAAGGGAAAAAAGAAGGCUGCAAACAAAAAUCUCACUGUUUAAUUCAGACAGGCAAGUUAUACCAGCCAAGAGUAAAGUGUAUGACAGCCAGGGCCUGCUGCUGUACAGCGGGAUGGACCUGUGUGACUGCCUGGAUGAGGAUUGCCUGGGCUGCUUCUACGCCUGCCCCAAGUGCGGCUCCAACAAGUGCGGCACGGAGUGUCGCUGUGACCGCAAGUGGCUCUACGAGCAGAUCGAGAUCGAGGGAGGAGAGAUCAUUAGAAACAAGCACGUUGGGUAGUGUGUGAAUUGUUCAAUCCUGACUGCCCCUGUGUUGGUUAAACACAGCACAUUCAGCAUUUAGCUGUUUAAUGGAAGCUGUUGGGAUUUGUCACGAUCCACGUGAUGAAUGCGCUCACUUUCACAGUGAUUUUCAGUGUGAUUAUGAUCACUUGAGUCUGCAUUGUACUCAGGCUUCUUAGUCAUCCAGGUAAGAUCUCACUUGUAUUCAGGUGUGUUGAAUUCAACACAAUAUUCAAUAUUCAAUAACACAAGGUGCUAAAUUCUAAUGUGAUCUAUCCUGAGCCACUCACUAUUUCAUACAUUGUUUCAUAGAAUUUACCAUAGAAUGUACCAUAGAAUGGUACAUUUAUAGAAUGUACCAUUUCACACCAUUUGUGUGAAAUGCUGUGAAAGUUCUCAAGGAACUUACAUGCAGUAUUAAUGAAGUUCUCUUUUUAAUAUUUAUAGUGAAUACUGCAUCUUCUGUAGAGUAUUGAAGCUACAUCUGACAAAUCAAAUCCUAUUCACUUUAAAAGGAGUCAAAAGCAUUUAGGUGUUCAGAUCUCAUCCCAGUUGCUGGGAUUUGAGAUCAAGUUAUCCUUAUAACUUCGUAAGGAUAUGAAUUUAUAUUAAUUCAUAUGAAUUAAUUUAAUAUUAAUUCAUAUUAAAAUACUGAAAUUAACCUGUCAAGGCAUUGACAGGUUAAAGUAUUGUUCAUUACUUUGUUGGUUUCUGUAGAACAAAAUUAAAAUAAUUUUGCUGUGUUACCAGUCUGUAAUUGGACUGAACCAGUACUUCAACAGCCCUUUCCCUGCUUUUUCCUCUUUUUACUGAUUUUAAAGGUUUAUAUGCAGCUAAAAUGAACUUGAGUGUCUGUUUCCAAACCAAGGUUGUCUAGACUGUUACCAAAAACCCCAGAUGAGUGGGAAAUAUCUUUGGUUGGUACAUUAUCUUUCCUCAUAAUACUAAACUUCUACACUAUAACAAAGCUUAUUGAAAGUAUUUUAUAAACAAAGUCUUAGUAACAUUUUUAGUCUUUGUGUUUUUGUUGUGUUUUGUGUAAAUUUCCUAUUUGAUGACCCGUAAGAUCUGUAUGUUUGUUGGAUCACAGUUUUUCAAUAAUUCUGUUAACUUCUUGCAGACUUACUUGGUAAAGUUGUAUAAUCUUUCUUUGUGCUUUUUUUCUGUUCUGGUAAGUGUCAUGAAUGUUACAUUUCCAAAAUCCAAAGUUAUGCUUUGAGUUUAUGCUGACAUCUGCUGGUCCCACUGGAGUAUAAGCACUGAGAUGCUACAUUUUUAUUAAAUCUGUUAUAAAAAAUAA